UGAAUCUUACUUUAAUUUUUCGAGUAUAAAUAAUUACUGCAACAAAUUUUGUGUAAUCAAAAUUAUCACAUCCAUUUAUCAACAUGCCAUAUGCUAAUCAACCAAAGCUGUCCAUAUCUGAACUGUCAGACGAGAACAUAAAAUUUCACAUUGAAGACACAGACCUGAGUGUAGCCAACAGCAUCCGUAGAGUGUUCAUGGCUGAGACUCCUACCAUUGCUAUUGACUGGGUGCAGCUUGAAGAAAACUCAACUGUGCUAAGUGACGAGUUCAUAUCUCACCGUGUUGGUCUCAUUCCAUUCACUUCAGAUGAGACUGUGGAAGCAAUGCAUUAUUCUCGUGAUUGUUCUUGCUCCGACUACUGCCCUGACUGCAGCGUGGAGUUCACUUUGGACGUCCGGUGCUUGGAUGACCACACACGCAACGUCACGACUGCCGACCUCAAGAGCAGUGACACUAGAGUUAUUCCCGUCACCAAUAGAAACAGGGGGGACGGUCCUGAAUACGGCGAAGCUGAUGAUAUCCUGAUUGUGAAGCUGCGUAAGGGCCAGGCUUUGAAACUACGGGCGUACGCAGUCAAGGGCUUUGGCAAGGAGCACGCCAAGUGGAACCCCACUACGGGAGUGGCAUUUGAAUACGACCCUGACAACAUCCUCAGGCACACCAUCUACCCCAAGCCUGAAGACUGGCCCAAGAGCGAGUACUCGGAGCUUGAGGAAGGCAAACAUGAAGCCGAUUACGAUCCAUUAGCAAAAGCGCAGAAGUUUUUCUUCAACGUCGAGUCGUGCGGCUCACUGAAGCCUGAGAACAUCGUCAUGAUGGGCAUCGCGGCUCUGAAGAAGAAGCUCUCAGACCUACAGAACCAACUGAACCUCGAGGCGCAGUCUGAUGCGCUCGCUAUCAAUUAAUCAAUUUCUAACUACUUGAUUCUCAAUAUAUAAGUUGGUUCUUUCAUGCGCUCAUUGGGGUUCCCGUUUUUGUUAGCUUGAUAAAAGAGGAUGAUUUCCGAUUUUUAUGAAUCGAUUUCCCAGGAAGGUUUUGGGAGACCAAAUUAUAACCUGAAAGUAAUGAUUGAUUUCAUAUGAUUUCUCCGGCUUCUCCCUAUCCAGUCUCUGAGCUUAACAACAACAUCCAUCCGAGAUAAACGGUUGCAGUUGCGGAAUGUAGAAAGCUUGAUUAAGUUUUUACAUCACAACGCAUCGUAUUCCGGAAUCUUAGCUUUUACUGGGAAUUUUAUGAGUUAAGCAUUCAGUUGGUGGCUGGCAGAUUUUGGGUUAGUUUUGAAGUGGUAGAAUCUCAAUGAGUUGCAUUUGUCAUUAUGUACCUGAGGAGCAGAGAAAGAUUUCUGCGGCACCAAUAUUUUUUUUUGCCUCGACGAAACAAGAUAUUUUUCUGGCCUGUUCGCAAGUGUAUCAGAAACUGUUUCGAAACAUUGCCGAGAAUCAAACAUUUGUUAUUAAAAUUUUCAUUUAAUCCCGCUUUGGCGAAAUGACAUGCUUUGGUUUUCAGUUUUAUUGCUACAGACGGAAUGUUCAAACUUUGGAUAGUGAAUUUCCUACUUUAUUUGUUAUUAUUUCAUAAUGCUAAUGUUAUUUGCUAGGAUGCCUAAGUAAAUGAAAGAGAUUUCACUUCCUCGAGAUGUAUCGACGGCCGUUUGCGGAACUGACGCGACGCUCCAACAAUUUGCAGUAAAGCUUCAUUGUUGAAUUAAGCAUUCAAAACCCA